AAUUCAUUUCUCAAACUUUCCAGAAUCCCCCAACUUCUCUCUAGAACAAUGUACGCUCUCCCCACAACUCUAGAACCACGUACGCAUCACCUAUAAAUUCCUUCCCUCACUCAGCAUAUAGCAUCAGCAUUGUAUCUAGCAACACCACGCCUAUCAUCAAACUCGCAUCAAUGGAGAGAGCAAACCUCGCAAUAGCCUUGUUCACCGCGGCGGCGCUUCUCCUGCCGCCCGUAACCACCGCACUGGUGCCCUACUCCCCGCGCUCCCUAUGGGACCUGAUGCUACCCCCCGACGACCCCUUCAAGAUCCUGGAGCAGUCGCCGCUGGCCGCGGCCAGGGCCGCCGUGGACGAGAGUUCGGUGGCGCUGGCGCGGGCGGACUGGAAGGAAACGGCGGGCGAGCACCAGAUCUCCCUCGACAUCCCCGGCAUGAGGAGGGAGGACAUCAAGAUCGAGGUGGAGGAGAACCGCGUGCUCCGCGUGAGUGGGGAGCGGAGGACGGAGGAGGAGGCGGAGGGCGAGCGGUGGCACAGGGUGGAGCGGACGGCGGGGAAGUUCUGGCGGCAGUUCAGGAUGCCAGCAAAUGCGGACAUGGAGAAGGUGAGCGCCCGGUUGGAGGAUGGAGUGUUGAGGAUCAGUGUGCCAAAGGUGAAGGAGCAGGAGGCGAAGAAGGAGCCCAAGAUCAUAACCAUUGGCUCUGCAGACAAGGAGGAGAAGGAUGUUGUGAAGCCCGCGGCCACCAAGAAAGAGCUCUGAGACCAUCUUCCAUCAACCGUUGCAUGUGUGUUUUUUUCUUCUUCUUUUUCCUUGUUGCCAAAAUGGAUGUUUUUUGUUUUGAGGUUGGGUAUGUUACUAUGACUGUAUAACAUUUCAAGUUUUGUAUAAUAAAGUGUUGAUUGUUAUAA